GUCUCUUCCCGUCCUUGUCACGCUUCUUUCCCUCCUCUUCUCCCCUUUCCCCUCUUCAGCUUCUUCCGCUUCGGAGCUCCCUCGUCCACCUGCUCCAGUGUUUAGAGCGUGCAUGUUUUCUCCCAAAACGUGAUUGACUCUAGCUGCCCAUUCGUCUUAUUUGAAUUAUCUCGGCAGCUUCCGACCAGAUAACGUCACCACAUCUUGGCAUCGUCGGAAUCAAGGAAGCUCUGCCAGAGGUCCGUCAAACGAGCCUGACAUUGUACACAGCACUUUAUUUGUCGGAUUUAUCAUUUCUGAAGCUCUAGUUGCUAUUCCGAAGCUCCUCUACUUUAAUAAGACUGCCCUCAAAUCCACAAUUGCGGGUGUCGUCUGUUAGUAGGGACCGCCAUGCUCUCUGCCGCCAAACGAUCGCUCCUCAGAACGGCGUGCAGACAAUGCACGCCUAACAAGGGACUGAGAGCUGUUCAUGCUCGGGGACUGGCUACGCAAAAUCUCAGCUUCAGACAAGGACCGAAUGAGCCUGCUCUAUAUACAGGGACGAUUCCUGAACAUUUUGCGUCGGUCGUAUCAAAAAACGGUGACAGACCGGCGGUGAUUACCCGCUCACCCACCCCCACAUGUAUAGAAACGGCAUUUACCUACUAUGAGCUCGACCUGCUUUCGAAUAGAAUUGCUUCAACAUUGGCAUCACUAGGUGUCCGAAAGGGACAAAAGGUUGCAAUUUCUCUUGGUAAUGGGCCAGAGUUUGCCGCCCUAACGUACGCCGUCUUCAAACUGGGUGCCAUCCUGGUCCCUUUGAACCCCACCUUCAACGCUCUCCAAGUUGAAUCUGCUCUCAAGCAUCUUCAAGCAGAGACGCUCAUCAUUGGUGCGGUGACGGAUAUAUCAUAUAAGCCUGGAAAUGGACGAAGCAAUGAGGAUCUACUGCGUCAAGUUGUCGGUGAUAUUGAAGGAAGCAAGGUGGACAGCCCCAGUGUCUCGUCACUGAAACGGGUCAUUGUUGUUGAUAACCGCGUCAGCCAUCCUGGUAUUGAUUUCAAACUUGAUAACUGUCGAAGAGUCCUCACACCGUAUAGAACACUUCUCGAAGGGACAGAUGAUGCUAUCAAACCUGAUCAACCUCUCGAACCAUCUGAUAUCAUCAACAUUCAGUUUACGUCAGGCACUACUUCCACGCCCAAAGCAGCCCAACUUACACAUGCUGGCAUAUUAAAUAAUGGAAUUUUAAUUGCACACCGGCUGGGCUUGGACAACAAUGACCGAAUCGUUGUCCCGCCGCCACUCUUCCACUGCUUUGGCUCGAUCCUCGGCUACAUGGCAACCGCAACCACUGGCGCAGCUAUCCUCUUCCCCAGUCCUGCGUUUGACCCUGCCGCUUCUAUUAAAAUGUGUGCAGACCACUCAGCUACUGGACUAUACGGCGUUGCAACUAUGAUUAUUGCCAUUAUGGAUGCGUUGGACAACGGAGCCAUUGCCAGCGCACCACCUACUCUACGAAAAGGUAUUAUUUCUGGCAGCAGCGUCCCGGAAGCCCUUGCAGAAAAAGUGUUCCAGAAAAUAGGAAUGGAAGAUUUUGUUAUAUGCUACGGCAUGACGGAGACGAGCCCUGUCAAUUGCAUGACCAUUGCAUCCGACCCCUUCAAAAAGCGUACCUCCACGGUGGGCACGCCAAUGCCUCACACGACCAUUAAGAUUGUCAACCCCCUCGAUCGCUCCGAGAUAUUGCCAUAUAAUACAAAGGGAGAGCUUGCCACAGCUGGAUAUCUGGUUAUGGAGGGCUAUUACAACGACCCAGAUCGAACGGCAGAAGUCAGAGUUAAAGAGGCUGAUGGCCGAGUCUGGCUUUACUCUGGUGACGAAGCUGAGAUGGAUGAGGAAGGAUUUGUCAAGAUUACUGGCCGUAUCAAGGAUCUAAUUAUUCGAGGAGGCGAGAAUAUCCACCCUCUUGAGAUUGAGAACUGCCUCUUCCAGCAUCCUGGCGUCAUGGAAGUGAGCGUGGCUGGUGUUCCAGACGAGAAGCUAGGCGAAGUUGUUGCUGCAUUUAUUAUUCCGAGCAAGGGAUGGACUUUUGAGGGCGAUGGACAAACACCAGGCACACAGCAUAUAACAAAGGACGAUGUGCGGUCCUGGGUGCGCGAGAAGCUCUCUAGCCAUCUUGUUCCGAAGUAUGUGUUUUGGGUGACGGAGUAUCCCAAGACAGGAAGUGGUAAGAUCCAAAAGUUUAAACUCCGAGAUAUUGCCAAGGAGCUUCUCGAGAAGGAUACUUAGUGGAUGGGUUCAACUAAAGACGGCGGAGAUGGCAGCCGUUUGGCAGCUUGUCGUUAUUUUUCCUUGUAUGUGUAUAUCAUAGCCAGCUUACGUUGUUUGCUUCGCGCCGAAACUGCAUUCAUGUCACUGUCAAAUCUAGAUCUUAAUUGGCGAGAAAACAAAUAAUAUUCUAUGCCAUGCUCUGUAUCAUAUCAUUUGGGGGAUGUGUACCAAAAGGUACCACCGAGGAUGGAGCGCCAGGCUCCCAAACCACAUUCGCCAUCCAUCCAAUGCGUCCAAAAGGUCUAUCGCUAUCCCUUCAUCGCCCAUUUAUGAAUGCAAAAUCAACGCCUCUAGGAAUCGAGCAAGCAACAACAAUGAAUCGGCCGUAAAAGCACAAAGAAAAAAGCUUGACCAAGUGUAGACAUUCCAUUUCAUGAAUCCCCUCGCCUCAACUUAUCCCAAUUCUCUUUUUGUAAAACUGGCAAGGCAAUAAGCCGUCAUAAGAGACAUAUCCCGUCAUAAACAAUCACCAAACAAAGCCAAAACUAUCCUAACGCCGAAAGAGGUGCAAAAGCAAACGAAAAGGAAAUGGAUAAUGAAAGAACUCAAGCGGAAAAGGAGACGAUAAACAAGCCAGCCGUUUCAAGGUGUUAAUCAACCUGCUUCUCACAACCGAUACGGCCAAGGAGCUCUUUGCGAUCACUGUGUCCGGGGAGACUGACUCCAGAGCUGUUACCCUGUCGCUUCACUCCGGUUCGGCGCUCCCAGCCCUUGAAGUCGAUCUCGUCUGCGCCAACCUCCUCCUCGAGAGCUUCGGCAUAGAUGUAUUCCUCUUGUUCUUCGGUCUCUUCGCCCUCUUCUUCAUCGUCGCUGCGCGAAUCUUCGGCGCCGUCUCCACGAAGCACCUUCAUAGCGACACGGAUGAUCAUGGUGAACCACACAAUAGUGAUGCCUUGAAGCAUCAGAAGUGGGCCGAGGAAUGCCCAUCGAACAGUGUUGUUGUAGCAAACUAUGCCAGUACUGUUGAGGAAGGGCUCAACAAGGUAUGAGAGACCCUCAGGCGUAGGGAACGGGCCUUUGAGGUUAUCAUUGGCACCUUCAUAGCACUUGUUGUGUAGCAUCUCGGGGGUGUGAGCAUACACAGACCAGCAGAUCAUGAUGUAGAAAACGUGACGAGCAGCGAACCACGAAACCAUGAAAACGCCGAACAUAAUAUCGCAAAUGGUGGUGUACCCAGCGUACUUUAGACAUUUGGC